AUGGCAGGCGACACACCGAGCAUGGCCCACACCACGGAUCGCGCUGACCAUGUCCGGAUGAGAAAGUACUUGGCGGCAAUUUUCUCGGUCAAUAACGUGAGUACGUUUGAGCCCCACAUCCAGCAGGUCACAUGCACGCUGGUUGAAUGCAUUGCCAAGAAGGCACGAGGCGAGAAGGUUGCAGAAUCCGAUCGGUUGGGGAUCCGGGAGGACGGAAGCUUCGAUGUUCGUCCUUGGUUGAACAUAUUCACGUACGACGCGCUGCGCCGUUUGACCUGCAAGUACAAGGCAACCCAAGCCGCCGAGGACUUCGAUAACAUGGCGAGAUACAAAACCAACAAACGCCUCAAGUCAACCCCCGCAGAGCCAGACAUCUUCUCCCACCUCCCCGUGGAAGCCGACCACAAGGGCCGACCGCCCAUGCCGAUGUGGGAAAUCGUCGCCGAAUCCACCGUCAUGCUGAACGCCGUGCCGGCCGCCGAACAGCCCGUCGCCUCGUACAGCACCACACUGGCGCACAUCCCGUACCUACGCGCCGUGCUCGACGAAACCUUCCGCGUGCUGACGCCGCAGCACUUCGGCCUGCCGCGGCGGACCACCAGCCACUCCGUUAUCGCCGGCCGCGCCGUCGCGCCGGGCGUAACCGUCUCGUCGCCGCUGAGCGAGCUGCACGGCAAUCCGGGGCUGUUUUCUAGGGCGGAGUGGGUGUUGGAGUGGUGGAUGGUGGACGAGUCGAUGUGGGGCGAGGCGCAGAGGGGGGCAUUUGAGGGAGUACGUUAUGCCGUUUACGACGGGGGCGAGGGCGUGUAUAGGGCGGAAUUUGGCGUAUGUGGAGGUCAGCAUCGCGCUGGCGGCGCUGGUGAUGGCGUUUGA